AUGGAAAACGGAAAGAAUGACGAAUUUACCGUGAGUGAUGAGGCCGUGGAGAACCUCCAGAAGGAUUUUGAGGAGGCAAUGGCAGCCCUCGCUGAGCAUGAAAGCUUCGAUCGUUUCCGAAUGGAAUAUGACGUCUUAUAUCGUGCGCUUCGCAAGAGUCACGACUCCGAAAAGCGGCUUGUGAAACGGUGCCAGCAGCUCACGCAGGAGCUGAUGAGUAAUGCGGCGAAGGUGCAGGCCGCACUGAAGUUGUCUCAGUCAGACCACACUACAAUAGAUGCACUGAAGAAGGAAAUUGAAAAGGCGUGGCGGAUGGUCGAUUCUGCAAAUGAAAAAGAUGCCCACGCGAAGGAAACAAUGAAAAAUUUAAAGGAAGAAGUGGCAUCACUGCAGGAAAUUAUGGCCAACGGUGCUGAGCUCACCUCUUCGCAGUCUGCAACCCUAGAGGGACUGAAGUUGGAGAAAAAAAGGAUGGAAAUGGAGUAUGGUGAGUUGGUGAAGCAGAUGGACAACCUGACGAAGGAAAUAAAGGAGCUGAACACGAAAUCGAAGGAACUUGAGGUCGAAAUUAUGAACAAUCAAGAAGAGUUUAAGCGUGUUACGGACAGGGAGACCUUGAUACAACAGGAGUACGACAAAGAAAUAAAAGCUCGGGAGCGUGCCGACUUUCAGGUGAAAGAGCAGCUGCAUUUAGCGCAACAAAGGGCAAAAGAGCUGAAGACUCACGAACAACUGCGUAUCAACCUGACAGAGACGGUAACUAAACUCCGCGCGCAGGUACAAGAGGAUAACGAAAAGCGCCAGCUGCUGGAGCAAAAAAUCGAGACGGCAGAGAAACAACUGUACCACACGCAGCAAUCUUACGAUGACGCUGUUGAUACCACAGAGGCCCUCAACGAGCGACAUCGCGCCGUGUGUAAGGAGAUUGCAGAAGCUGAGAAAAUGGCACACGACCUUCUUUCAGAGGAAGAGCGAACGCGCGCAGUGUGUGAUGGCGAUUACAAGAAGCUGCGUCGCCUCAUACAGCAGAACGACGACGUAAGACAGGAGUAUGAAAACCUGACUCGCCAGCAGAGCAACAUUCAAAAGCGCAUUAAUACGGUAAAGAAAGAGAGGCAUGCCAUGAAUAAUGCCUACGAGGUUUUGCAGAAGGAACAGGAUACCCUCAAGAAGUAUGGUGAACACGAACGAAAGAAGUUGCAAACCAUCGAAGGCAUUAUAGCAAACGAAGUGGAAAGUCAAAAAGAUGUAGAAGCCGCUAUUGAACGUGAGCGGGAAAUAAGCGUCCGCCUUAGCAAAACAAUAGCAAAACUAGAAAGUGAGAGGGAGAAAUAUACAGCGGAGGUGCUGCAGGCCGUCGAGCAGCAUGCACUCGUGAAGGAAGAUCUGAAGGUUGCCACUAUAACUUGCAAUGAGACACAAAAGGCGAUAGAAGAGAGUGAGCAGCGACUAAAGAAGCAACAGGGACUUUAUGAGCAGGCGAGGGCUGAACGUAACCUCUACACAAAGAAAUUGAUCGAGUCACAGGACGAAGUGAUGGAACUGAAACAGGGCUUCCGAAUGAUGGACCACCAAAUUAGACAAUUGAAGGAAGAACUGGCAAUGAAAGAGAAGAAAUUUCAGGAUGAAACAUCUGCGCAGAAGAUAGCAAAGGAAAAACUUGCCAAAGUACGCCGCGUUGUCAAUGAGCGUACCAUAGCCCUCGACGACACGAUUCGUAAUUGCGAGAAUGUCGCACAAAACAUUAAACAACUUGUCAAAGUUGUUAAUGAAUGUGAUAAACAACUUAGCGAGCAGCGUCAAAUGUUCUUGUCAGUUAGUAACGAGCGUGACAUGCUUGGUACUCAACUAAUCCGUCGUAAUGACGAGCUUGCCUUGCUUUACGAGAAAAUUCGUAUGCAACAAGAAGUACUUAGCCGUGGGUAUGCCGCAUGCCGCGCGCGCCAGGAAGAUAUGCGCCUUCUGCGUUUGAAGACUGAGGACCUCAAGCGGCAGGCCAAAAUAGCAGAUAGGCGAGCACAGGACACGAAACAGUUGCAAGAAGAUAUCAAGCAACUGGUGUACGAUCUCACAGUGCAGCGCGCGAAGGUGCAAGCCCUCACCGAGGAGGCCGAGAACCCAAAGAGCUCACUUAGGUGGGAAAAGGUGGAUGGCCGGAAUCCAACGGCGGAAGAGCUCAACCGCAAGAUAUUCCGUCUUCAACGUCGGCUUAUCACAAAAUCGGAGGAAUGUGUUGAAAAGGAUAUGGAACUGCAGGAAAAGCAGCGCCUCCUAACGGAGUUGACGAACAUACUCGCGCGGCAGCCGGGGCCUGAAGUGGUACAGAGGCUUAACAUGUGCCAAAAGGAGCUACACCGUACUUGCUCCGUAAUGAAGCAGAAGGCAUCAGAACUCAAUAUGACAGGAACGCACUUCGCUGAGUUAAAAUAUGAAGCCGAGCGACUUAGGCGGGAGGUCAAUGAUACAAGACGCAAGUACUACGAGAUGCGAAUGAGUAACGAUGAACUAACGAAAGCGAUGGAGGCUUCGAGGAGCAUUAAGUCGUGA